ACAAAAAUGUUGACAUAAAGGAAAGCUGACGAAAGCUUAAAAAAUGGAGAAAACUCCUGUGAAGCCUGUGUUCCCUAGAUGCUGUUUACUCUGUCGUGAUGAGAAAAGGCGACUACAUUGUUUAACGAAGCACAAAUCAUUAAAAGAAAAUUAUAGAGAAUGUGUUGAACAGUUUCUAGGGCAAAGUUUAGAUCCUAAAUAUCUGGAAUAUAUGUACGUGUGCGAAAUAUGUUGUAAUACAUGUAAAACAUACCAUAAAUUUAGGACUACUUGUUUAGAAAACUUGAACAGCUUUUAUGAUAGUCAUAGCAGGGUCAAGAGAAUGGCGAAAACUCCCCCUUCUGCUCUGAAGUCAAUGAAUUCAACAAUACAGUCUGUGUGCAGUUCGGUGGAGAAGAUAAGUUUAGGAAAUGUGAGUGAUAGGACUAGCAGUGAUAGGACUUGCAGUGAAAAAGAACAGCGUUUAUGCAAAUCCCAGAGAUCGCUUAAUUUUCAGACAAAUGAUGCAUCCUCUACUGUUGAUGCUGCAUCCUCUACUGUUAAUACUGCAUUCUCUACUGUUAAUACUGCAUCCUCUACUGUUAAUGCUGCAUGUACCACUUCAGACGUAGAUCUAUGUGACCACAGCUACAGUUUCUUGACUUCUAAAACUUGUGAAAAGACACAUACUGUGGAUUCAGAUAUUGAUAGUAAUACAGCCAUUUCUAAAUUUCUUCUUGGUAAAGAAGUAAAUAAAGUGACUGAAGAGAUAAAUGAGACUUUGACAAGAAUGGCUAGAUCCAGUAUACUAAUUCAGAAGAGACCAGAUAUUUUGUCCGAGAAGCAUUGGUUCCUAAGUGCAUUUAACGAAAUGGAACAACACUGUCCACAGCUUCUUGAAGUGCUUCUUGUCUCAUUAGGCGACAAAGUGUCUUCUGAUUCUAAAGUGGCAACAGCUGCAACUAUUUAUGGUAUGAUUCUCCAUAGCAGAAAUGUGAGAGCUUGUGCUAUUCAGAGGUUAUAUACUGCUCUUGCCAUUCGUUUCCAUGCAGAUAACCAGCUGUUGGAGAGAUUGCACAAAGUUCACUUCACCUUGUCACAUGAGACUAAGAGGAAUUUGAUGAAAGAUUUCUCUGACUUUUCCGACUUUCAAAUCAUGGAAAAAGUGAGUCUUGGGAAGGAUGGAAAAAUUAACGGGGACAAUUUGGACGUGUAUUUAAGAACAAAUGAUAUCAGAAUGGACAACAAAAAUAAAGAUUGCCAUUUCUUUGCCUCAGACUUCAUAUUUGACAGAAUCGAUACUAAACAUUUAGAUGACACUUGCAGUAUAGGAGACAUCAAAAGUGUUACUUGGAAAAACUUUGUUCCUUCGAAUGAUGAAGAUACUUUGUACAAAGAUUCAUUAAAAGUUUUGCUGGGCAGGAUAAUGGUCCAGUAUUUUCCGAAAUUCGAUUGGUUGAAAUCUGUUCUCCCGGACCACAUUCCUCAUCCAUUGGCUGACACAAUGUCAGAAAGAUCAGAGGUACAUUGGCUGCCUGUAAUGAUGAAAAAUGAGACCUGCUACUCAGACUGUGUCCACAUCAUGAAAGCAUAUGAAGCAAUGAUAUUGCAGUGGUACACUAAAAGUGGACGAGCAUGUGACCUAGAAAGGCUCAAGGUCCCAGUUGGUGGGGACCAGCUGACGCGUGUAAGAUUGCAAGGUGCCAAGGCAAUACAGGAUGGUGCACUAACAGCAACAGAUCGUUUAGAACAUUUGGAGCCCAUCAUAGUCGAAAUGUUCCAUACACUGCAAGAUCUAUUAGAGAAACUAUACAAGUGCUUCUACACAUUAAGUGGUAGAGAAAAAGGCACACUGUACAGUUUGAAGUUGAUUAUUGAGCGAAGCAAUGUCAAUGGGAAAGUCAAAGGUCGCUUUGAGGCACAUGAAGAUUUUGUUCUAACGGUUGGGUGUGCCUACUUCCUUUCUUAUAUCAUGCACAAGUUCAACAUGAAGACCAUGGAUGAUGAUCCUGAACACCCUCUUUGUAAGAACAACAUGAAAAUGAUGCAUAACAAGCACAAGGACAGAAUAUUUCAGACAAUUAUGGGGGAAGUGAUGGAGGAUCUAGUAUACGUUUUUCCCAAAGAGGAGCCCUUGGUAAAGCUGAACAUCAAAGUGAACGGUUCUUAUUUUGUGGUAAACAGUUCAAUUAAUGGAGACAAGCUACAGUUCGAGUUGUACAUUGGAAAUGCUCGUUUUAUUAUCAAUGUAGGAGUGAUGGAGGCAAAGAGAGGAACAUGUGUGAUAAUUCCAACUACCACAGGAAAUUAUAUCGUAGAAAUUUCUUCAGUUACGCAAGAAGAUGAUCUUUACAAUUAUGUUCAUCAGUUUCUUCAAUGGUACUUCUUGAUAAUUAGCAUGAAAGAUGCCAUAAAGGAAGGUGACAUUUACAGAAAUAAUGUGCAUUUGAAAUUUUGCAUUCCGAUUUUCUUUGGACACUCUUGCCUAUCCAAAUACAUGGAGGAAUGUAUUGACUAUAUUUUGAAGACUGAAAUUUUACUUUCGGAAAAAAUGGCCAUGAAAGUAAGAGCCAGUUCCUUUGUGAACCUGAAAGGUAAAAGGGGGUCAAACAAAGCAACAGAUCUUCAAAAGGAAAAUGAAGUGCUGGUGUUAAAAGAUCUAAUAAGGGGACUGGGUUCGAAUAAAACCGAAAGGGCUAUUGUGACGGUGUCAAAAGCAGCCCCUAUUAUUCAAGGCAUUGUGGAAAAUAUUGAUCGAAUGUUGUGUGUGAAACCAAAGAAGACGCGUCAUCAGAAGAAGUCGUUUGAGGGUGAUGUCAAACAGCUCUUAACUGAAAUACUGCCCCUAGAGUGGUGGAAUCAAAAUUCAAAUCGUAAACUCGCACAUUUUCCAAACAUUAAAUGUUCCCCAUUUGACAUUGAAAGACUACUCUUUAUUUCCAAAGUUAUGUCAACAGUGGGGAGGUUACAACGAGGAAUUACUAUUCCAGAGGACUUGGAUGAAAGCAGUGAUGAAGAUGUAAUAUAAUAACAAAAAUUUUAAAUAUAUUAUGUAAUAUACAUAUGUAUUAUUUUAACUGUCAUUUUGACUGUGUACUAGGUCAUUCAAAUACAUUUAUAAUAUAAUAAACAAAGACACUUAUCAA